GCUGGGUUGUCUGGGAGAUGGCGGGCGGCAAGAAGCUAUGGGCUGCCCAACGUCUUGGUCCGAAUGAUGUCAAGGUCCUCUACCCAGGCUACAUCGAGAACUUCCCCACCGACUUCAAGAACAACCCCGACUAUGCUGGAUCUGACAACAUUGUGUCAUUUGCUGUUGAGCAGGGCUGGUGGAACAAGACUUCCGGCAAACCGUUCAACAUCUUCGACGUCUAUGGUCCUCAGGAUCCUCGAUACAAGGCUCGUGAUGGAGGCUACAAAUUCAUGUCGCAGGCAGCUCUGGAAAACGCCACCCUUGCGAUGGUUCCUGUGACUGAAGCCAAGAUGAUGGAGAGAGUUCGAGAUCCUCGCAUUGCGGAUGAUGAAGCUGGCUAUGGACAAGUCGUCAGUCUCCAUGAUGGAAUCGACCGGGAUAUGCUACGAAUCUGGAACGCGCCAGCGACUUCUGUGGCAGCGCCUUUCGUUCCAUGGUGGCUAGGCGUUCAGUCCGUCCCCCCAGAGUUCGGUGAGCAUCGAUAUUUGACGACUGGCGCUUCAAGCAGCUUUCUUAACCCGGACUAUCAACUGCAAGAAGCGUCGGAGUUUGCUGGCCGCAUAUUCAAGCGUGUGCUGUAUUACAUGUGCUCAGAUCCCAACAAAUACCAUCCCAUCGUCACGGAGAUGUUUGAGAACUUCGAGAGCGCAUCCCGCGUCCAGGUUGAAGGCUGGGUGGAAAAGACAGCCUUGACUAUGAUCAAGCAAGGAGAAAGAAAAGCGGCACAGAGUUUGUUGACGUAUUACUCACAUACUCGUGCGGCUGAGGCCCUCGAAGUCGGACAUACGUUGAACAAUGCUUUGGAUGGGUAUAUCAAGUUGACAGGGAAGUGGCGUGGACCCAAGGGCGAUCAGAUCAAUGAUAGUGGUGAGGGUAACGAGACGGUCAAUUGUCUUGUCGGAUUUGACCCAGAUAAGCCUAGAUAUCUCCAAGGCAACAACUAGAUGCUCGGAAAUAAUUAGUUAGAUGGAAAUAAGUCUUCCGCCUACAAAUCCCUCAGCCCAGCGUAUCCCGAGUGAAGCAAAUCACAAAUCCAUUGUAGCCGGCAAAAGUGGAUCUGUUCCGCCUGUACCACGCCGCAUCACCGACCUAUCGACCCGCCCCGGAUGCAUAAAAACGGUGGGUAGUCCCCCCGAGCUCCCCGAUAUCAC